AUGUCGUCCUCACUGGACCACCAAGGGACUCAAUAUGGCCUCAACAGCAAUAACUCCGGGAGCAACAACAACAACAACAGCAACUCCAACAGCUACAGCAACAAUGCCAUAGACAGCAGCAGCAGCAGUAGUAAUGGUGGCAACAGCUCCAACAACAAUGGUGGUGGAGACAACAGCAACAAUGGCGACUACCAUCUCGGAGGAUACCAGCCUAACCAACAGCAGCAGCAAAGGCAUCCUCAGCACCAACAGCAGCAGCAGUUCCAUCAGCAGCAGCAGCAGCAUGACUACCAUCAGCAGAGCAACAUGCAUCCUCAGCGCUCAUCCAAUCAGCCGAACCAGCAGAACCAGCAGCAGCAACGUCAUCCUAAUCAGUACGGACAGCAACAACAGCAGCAACAGAACCAGCAAAGGCCGACGUCUCCUUAUGGCCCAAUGGGAUCCCAGCAACAGCAGAAUAAUAACAACAGCAGCAGCAAUAAUACCAACAACAACGACAACAACAACUACAACAGUAGUAACAACAGCAACAACAACAGCUACGGCAAUAACAACAACAAUAGCGGCAUUUCAAGGCAAAACAACUCUCAGCAGCAGCACAACCAGGGAGACUACAUGUUCCGAGGCAAUCAGCAGCAGUUUGAUAAUUAUGGCCAAGGCCAACAGCAACAGCACCAACAACAGAACCAACAACAGAACCAACAGCAACAGCCACACCAUUACCAGAACCAAAGUCAGCACCAACCGCAACAGCAACCUCAACAGCAUCAGCACCAGCCGCAAGCACGGAGCCAUGAUUCUGCGGAGCGAGGAUCGGCUUCUGUCUCUGUCUCGGGUUCUUCACCCCCUCGGUCUGAGGGCGGGGCCAAUCUGCGGUUCAAGAUCACAUUGGAGGCUCAAACGGCGGCCAUGCAGCGGCAGGACGAGACACCUGUUACCUACUUGAACAAGGGUCAGUUCUACACAGUGGUGCUCGCGGAUACGGAAGAGUACGACGGUGACAUCACAAGUGUGAUCAAGGUUACCUUCCACGACGCAUCACAUCGAAGACUGGCAGCGCGAUACUGGAGUUUCUGGCUUAGUCAACAGUCCAAUCCCAAGGUUGCAAGGGCCCUGGAUAUCGAAAAGGCAUCGUCAAGCGGAAUGAUGGAAGUUCAGUCAAAGACAUUCGAUAGGAUCUCGUUCAAGUGGAACGGAAAGGCAGGCGCCAAGUUGAUGGUUCGGUUCAACUGUCUCUCGACGGACUUUUCGCGCAUCAAGGGCGUCAAAGGCAUUCCACUGCGGGUUCAUAUGGAUACCACGACGGAGGAUGAUAGCAAUGGAGGCGAGAAUUCCAUGGAGCGGUCCUUUGCCAAGAUCAAGUUGUUCCGUGAUAAGGGUGCAGAGCGGAAAAACAAGGAUGAUCACAAGCACCUGGAAAAGAUGUGGGACAAGAUGCGCGGCAAAAACGCCGACACCAAUCCUCUCGUCAACAUGUUGGCCCCUGUCCAAAGCGUGUCCCUCUUUUCGGAAUGCAUGGACCACCCAGAAGGAUCUGGCGAGGACGAGACGUUGGAUCUGUCCGAAACGCUUGCACACGAUCCUGAGGGUGAUGUGGAUGCUGCUGGCGGAGAGGAUGGUGCGGCGACAAGUGUGACGUCUUCUAGACAGGAUUCUGAUGCUAAUCGCCAUUCCUCUAGUGGUGGAGGAGGAAGUGGCAGCACCAAUGACACAGAGUCGAAUUCUUUGGUGCCUGUUACGAAGAAACGGCGUCGGGGGACGGAUAACACGGGAAGCGGCAGUAACAGUAGCAGCAGCAACUUUGACCAACAGUAUCCUCAACAGCAACAGCAACAGCAACAGCAACAACAGAGUCAAAUUGGAUACCUCAACCCUUCUUCAUCACCCUCCAGCGGCAGCGUCGGAUUUCUUAACAGCACCGGCGGAACCAGCAAUAGCAGCAACAACAGCAACAGUAGUACCAGUGGCUCAAUGAAGAUGACAAUGUCCUCCGACCUCUUUCUGGACCGCGACCCAAGCUACGUCCCACAAACGCGUAAGAAGAGGCCGGUCCUCUGUCUGUACAUCAAGAUUGGCGGCGAGUCCGUCUACCGGGCUGUGUACCUCGAAAAGUAUACUCUCACGGAUCUGAUCCAGAAGCUGUCCGAGAAGCUUGAGAUCCAGUCGUCAACUAUUUCUUGUGUCUAUCGCAAGACAACCAAGAAGGAGUUGAUGGUGAGGGUUGAUGACUCAAUGGUUGCCCAGAUGACGGAUGAGUUGGAUAUGGUCGUGGAUUAUGACUUUAACCAGAUGGACGGAAGUGUCAACCUCACCCUCAAGUACUAA